UGGGGCAGGGGAAGUGUGGCUGUGGCCCGGUCACAGGGGAAUCACUUCUUCUUUCUGAUUCCUGCACUCCACCUCGCCGGCCGACCUGCCCCCAACUGGCCCUGUGGCCCAGACUCCUCUCCCCCAGCCUCCAGCCUCCCAGCACCAUGUGCCACCUGGGCAAAGUGUCACACACCACACAGCACCGUGUCCCAGAGCAAGAAGCGGAACAGGGCCAUCACGGCCCGCAGACAGCACCUGAAGAGCGUGAUGCUGCAGAUAGCGGCCACGGAGCUGGAGAAGGAGGAGGGCCGCCGCGAGGCCGAGAAGCAGAACUACCUGGCAGAGCACUGCCCGCCGCUGCACAUCCCAGGCUCCAUGUCUGAAGUGCAGGAGCUCUGCAAACAGCUGCACGCCAAGAUUGACGCGGCUGAAGAGGAGAAGUACGACAUGGAGGUGAGGGUGCAGAAGAGUAGCAAGGAGCUGGAGGACAUGAACCAGAAGCUGUUUGAUCUGCGGGGCAAGUUCAAGCGGCCCCCACUGCGGAGGGUGCGCAUGUCGGCUGACGCCAUGCUCAAGGCCCUGCUGGGCUCGAAGCACAAGGUGUGCAUGGACCUGAGGGCCAAUCUGAAGCAGGUCAAGAAGGAGGACACAGAGAAGGAGCGGGACCUGCGAGACGUGGGUGACUGGAGGAAGAACAUCGAGGAGAAGUCUGGCAUGGAGGGCCGGAAGAAAAUGUUUGAGUCCGAGUCCUAGGCCACUUGCUGCCCCUAUGCCUGCCCCGGUGCCAGGCUCCCAGGAGAACAUACUAGGGAGAUGCACCCAGAGCCUGCCAGGGAGGGCUGGCCUCACCUCCACUGUCAAUAAAGGAUUUGAAUCCCCA